AUGGAUACAGCGAUCCCAUCUGAUGUACCUGUCGUACUCAUAACAGGUUUUGGUCCUUUUCGUUCCGUUCGUAUAAAUCCAAGUUGGGAAGUUGCGAAAGCAUUGAAGACAUAUUUCGAAUGGACAUGUCCAGUCCACAUUAUCAUCGAACAAAUGAAUGUAACAUACGAUGAUGUAUCGAACAAAAUACCUGAUUAUUGGUUGAAGUACAAUCCAACACUAGUUAUUCAUAUUGGCGUCGCAGUUGGUACUCAAGAAAUUCAAGUUGAGCGAGCUGCUUGUAAUAUAGAUUACUGUUAUCCAGAUAAUAAUGGUACAACGCCUGAUUGUGGACGUUGUAUCAAAACUGAUGCACCAGACACCAUCACAACCCUCCUUCCCAUUGAUGACAUAUGCGCACGAGCUCGACGUCGAACGAAAGUUCCUAUAGGAACAUCCGAUGAUGCUGGCAGAUUUCUCUGUGAGUUUAUCUAUUAUCAAUCGUUAUUCAUCGAUCCAAAACGAAGCGUUUUUAUUCAUAUACCUGAUUCAAACGAGAACUUAACCAUACAAGAUAUGGCAGAAGCGAUUCAGUUGAUCAUUUAUGAGCUACUGCACUGUGUUGAUCCAUUACCUCGUUUGAAUCAAAACGGAAAUUAUUUGAUAAAUCCUAAUGUGAGAAAAACUUUGGAUAUUAUUACAAGCGACAAAUCAAACUUAGAUCUUCUUUCCUAA